UUACUCCUCUGCAAAUGGAGCCCCUUGAAGAAGUUCAGGAUUCCCAGAAGAGAAGUUUCAUCAACCUGGUCUUUGAGCUAUCUUCUGCUACUAAUCCAGUGAUUGUUUCGAUAAAAAGCAAAGGGAUUGAUUCAUCUCUAUGUAUUAUGGAUUUCCUCCUUUUAUUCCUGAGGCUGCUAGUGUCUCUUCCAAUCUCUGGGAACCUUAAAGUCAAGUGCCCGCUGAGUUUGGAACAUCAGGAUGGAAAAAAACCAUGGAGCUAUUACAGACCAGGAGACCAUCUCAUUAGUAUCAUCACCACUGGAACAGAAAUAUUACAUACAAUAUUGCUUUUCAACAAGGCUCCUAAUAACCAGUCUGAUUUCUUACCUUAUGAUAGAUCAAGAAUAGUAUACUUUAUUUUCAAUAUUCAAGUUGUCAACAAGAUUCCUCAGCUCUUGCACAAUUUGACACUUGGCUACAACAUCCAUGACAACUAUUUGAAUGUGCAUGGCACCUCUGAUGCCUUGCUGGAUAUACUCUCUACUGGAGAAGCCAAUGUUCCCAACUACAACUGUGGAAGGAAAGACAACCUGUUGACUCUGGUUGAUGGUACUGAAAGGGACAUUUCUAUCCAGAUGUCAACAUUAGUCAACCCCUACAAAGUCUCACAGUCCACUCAGGAAGAUACAGAAAAAUGCACCAAGUGUACAGAUGAUAAAUACCCAACUGAGGACCGAGUCCAAUGUAUCCUCAAAGUUAUAACCUUCCUUUCUUAUGAAGAAUAUUUGGGUAUCAUCCUGGUCUCUUUUGCCCUGCUUUUAUUCCUAACCACAGGCUUUAUUUUAAUCAUAUUCUUUAAAUACCGAGAAACCCCCAUUGUCAAAGCCAACAAUCAGGACCUCUCUUACAUCCUCCUGGUCUCCCUCCUGCUUUGCUUCUUGACUUCUUUUCUCUUCAUUGGUCAAGCAAGGAAAGCCACCUGCCUUCUCCGGCAAACCAUUUUCAGCAUCAUCUUCUCAGUUGCCAUUUCUUCUCUCUUGGCCAAAACAAUCACAGUGGUGCUGGCUUUCCUGGCUACAAAACCAGGAAACCAAGUGAAGAGAUGGCUGGGGAAGAGCUUGGCCAACUCCAUCAUCCUCUCUUGUUCUGCUGUCCAAAUUAUCAUCUGUUCCAUCUGGCUUGGUGUUUCUCCCCCAUUCCCUGACUCUGACUUCCACUCUCAGCCUGGAAUGAUCAUACUGCAGUGUAAUGAAGGGUCUGUUGCCAUGUUCUACAUCACUCUUAGUUACAUGGGCUUCUUAGCUGCCAUCUGCUUCACGGUGGCUUUCCUAGCCAGGAAUCUCCCUGGGGCCUUCAACGAAGCCAAGCUGAUCACCUUCAGCAUGCUGGUCUUCUGCAGUGUCUGGGUGAGUUUUGUGCCCACCUACCUGAGUACCAAAGGGAAACAUAUGGUGGCUGUGCAGGUCUUCUCCAUCUUAUCCUCCAGUGCUGGGCUGCUUGGCUGCAUCUUCAUCCCAAAGUGCUACAUUAUCAUUCUGAGGCCAGACCUGAAUACAAAGGAACAGCUUACAACCAGAAGAAAUAUAGAAAUGUGA